CGCUCAUAAAAACAGGAGGAUUUGGCAGCAGUCUACCUGAUUUCUCAACUGCGGUCACAACUCAAAACUAAUGAGUUCGUUGCCCCGGCAACGCCGGGCACGCUGCUCGGUGUGAGACUGCGAGCGGGCUGAACCCCGGGAAAGCGUCACGUGUCAUUGAAUGGGUAAUGGUAGGGCCCGGGUGUGGAUUACACAUCGGCAGUCCAGCCAGCGCAUGCAGACGGGGCCAACACAUUUUUUUUCUUUCUAAAAAAAAAAAGGAUAAGAAAAUGGUGUCAAUGGCGAACAACACACCUAACGCGACUCCUGCGGUAGUUUGCAAACAAUCGCCGAAAAAUUACCGUAGUGCAUUUCAAAACAAAACUCGCUCGCCGAUUCAAAAGAAAGAAAAGAGACACAGAAAACAGACAAUCACGUCGAGACUGAGCGAUUCAGGUAUCGAGGAGGAUUUAAGCGCCCAGAGCCCUGUUGGGACUGUUGUAUUAUCAGGUGAGGGUCCGUCUUCCACGGGACAGCUCGGCCUGCUCACCUGGCACCAGCACUACGGGAGCGUCGGGUACAAGAUACAGAAGGACAACGAGACGCAGUUCCAUCUACCCAAGUGCUUGGCGCGCCAGCCACAGGUGACUCCAGAGGCGCGCUGUAAGCUGGUGAGCUGGCUCAUCCCUGUGCACAAGUACUUCCGCCUGUCCUUCGAGUGCUGCUGCCUAGCAGUGAACAUCAUGGACCGGUUCCUGGCGUCUACGGCUGUUGCUGCUGACUGCUUCCAGCUCCUGGGGGUCACCGCUCUGCUACUAGCUAGUAAACAGGUGGAGGUGUUCUCCCCGCGGAUCAGCCAGCUCCUGGGCCUGUGUUGCCAUGCCUUCUCCAAGCAGCAGCUCUGCAACCUGGAGUGCCUCAUCCUGCUGCGGCUCCGCUUCCGCCUGGCCGCCCCCACCCUGGCCUUCUUCCUGGAGUACAACAUCCUCUGCAGUGAGGCCGUCGGCGCGGGCAGCGGGUCACCGUCGGCCCGCUGGGAGAUGAGACGCUCCCCGCGACGCAGCGACCUCGCCAGGAGGAUAUGCGAGCUGAGUCUGGCGGACUACGCCUUCAACAGGUACCUGCCCUCCCUGACGGCCGUGUGCGCGAUGAGACUCUCCCUAGAGCUCCUGGCGGCCGGGGGGCAGCCGGAAGAACCCAACGCGCGCAUGAGCUGCACACAUGACCUCAUCCAGUCAGAGAAGGGGACACUCUCGGGGACGUCUGAGGGCGAGCUCUCAGAGGGUGAGCAGUUAUGGAUGGACUGCACGCCUGACGAGUCGGGCGACGGCCCCGGGCACUCAGCGGAGGGCUUUGGGCCAGAGGAGCCGGGCCCCCUGUCGGGGGGUCUGGACGGCAGGACCAGCCGCAGACAGAACCUCGCCCUGGAGUGCACAGAGAACUUGAAGCUGUUGGUGUCGCUCAACCGAGAGACGAUACAGGCAAUGUUGACGACGUCAUGAGAUCGAUGCGUCUCACGAUGUCAACGCGGCGAUCCAGUAUUUCAAUUAUUAAUCAUGUUAAACCUUAGGAAAUGAGGAAAUACACUGCAGUCUCAAUGUUUACAGACAUCUGAGGGAGGCUUUAUGAAGUAAAGGAUAUUUUGUUGUGUUGAAAUAUCCAUAUACCUCAUAGAUGUUUUCGUAAUCGUUGAUGUGAGUUUGAAUAGCUUUUGUUCUAGAGUUGUUGAAUUUAUUUAUUUUCUAUACAAUUUGGUUAACCAUUCAUGAAUUUUGUAGUUUUGUAUGCAAAUCCCAAUUAUGAAAAUUCAAUAAAUGAAAUGUAAUGCAAUAAAAGACUGAGAGCCUAUCGCUUCACUUGAAUGUUAUUAAUGAAACUAAAUAGCAUUUCAAGAAAAAUAAUAUGUUCAUGUUAUUGUGAUCGAGUAAAUAAAAAUAAAUCCAGAGGGGAGGUUGGGGUUGAAGAAAAAUAAGUAAACUUUUUAUUUUCAAAUAUUGGUGCAAGCGAUAUCUCAUUCUGAUUUUCUCAUGCUCUGAAUAUUUAGCAUUUUAGUGUUUGUUGUAUUGGCUACUGCAUAG